CACAUUCCGCAUGGCAUAAAAGCCCGAUAGAUACGAUAGAUACGGAUGAUUAGUAUCCAGCUUUGCUACGUUUUUAGCCUGUAAGCUUCUCCCUGUAAAAUGCACAACGCACAACGCACAACGAACAACACACAAUACAACCUACAAUGACCUCUAGGAACGAGCAGAAGCACCAGGGGUCCCUCUGCUGCAGUUCUAGACGCACUUGAAUCCUACUCGAUCGCUCUGUUCCUGUUUGAACCCGUGCGGCUGCUAUCGUUGCAUUAAUGGCGGAUGCUAGCGGCUACCGAGACCGCGGACUGGGAGACCACAGACGUCAUUCGAAUCACAAACGAACGCGUGGGGAAACACGCGGAGAAGGGCGCGGGGGAGACGAAGACGAGUUAGACGACGCGAAACGUGUUAGGCGGAGAUACGACGAUUAUGAGAGGGGAUCUGGAAAGAGACACGAGCAUCGAUAUGACGAAUCUCGACAUACUAACUCCUCGCUAAGAGAAGGGAGAGGAGACUAUCAUACCAAUUCUAACCCUUCAAAACGCUCGCCUUCGGUGUCCUCAACGCGGCACGGUCAUUCGUCGGAGCACCAUCAUCAUCGCCACCAUCGCCACCACCAUCACAGACACCGCCACUCUUCGACCACAUCUACCCGCACCCCAAGCGAACUCCCACUAGGCGCUAGAGCCCUGGUCCGCUCCGAUUUCGAAACAUUCAGGCCCCUGUUUGCGCAAUACCUCGAGGUGCAGAAGCGCAAGGAUAUCACAGCGCUGGACGAGAGGGAGAUCAAAGGCCGAUGGAAGAGCUUCGUCGGUAAAUGGAAUCGCGGGGAGUUGGCUGAGGGUUGGUACAGUCCCGAGACACUUUCGGAAGCGAGGAAAUAUGAUAUCGGCGGUAGUACUGGUGCGCAGCUUGAAACCGAAGACAGGGAUGUCUCGGCGGCGACGUCGCCGUUAUCGCGAGAAAGAGGAUAUAAUCGCGAGAGAUCUGGUGGGGGUGGUUGUUUAACACCUUCUGGACGGGAGGAAGGUCAAGAUGACGAUGACGAUGACGGGUACGGACCUACCUUACCUGGCUCCGCGCGUGCGCAUAGCCAUCCCCGCGAACACCUCGACUCCAACCGCUCCACGAAGCACGGACCGGGUAUACCCAGCCGGCAGGACCUCGACCUACGACGCGAGACCGCGGAAGAAGAGCGCGCGCAGCGCAUCUUGGACCUGCGGCUAGAGCGCAAGGCGGACCGAGCGGAGCAGCGGGCGCGCCUGGACGAGCUGGCGCCGCGCGCGGAGCCGGGGACGCGGGAGCGGCGGCUAGAGAAGAAGCGCGAGGUCAACGAGAAGAUGCGCGGGUACCGCGACAAGUCGCCCGGCGGCGGCGGCGCGGAGGUCGGGGAAGCGGAGCUCAUGGGCGGGGACGGGGACGGGGGCGGGGACUCGGUAGCCGAGUACAAGCGGCUGAAGGCGGCGGCGGAGAGGCGCAAGACGGAGCGGGAGAUACGCAGGGAAGAAGAGGCGAGGAUUAGGGCGGCGGAGAGGGAGGAGAGGGUUAGGGAGUAUAGGAGGAGGGAGGAGGAUACGAUGGAGGUGCUGAAGAGGAUUGCUAGGGAGAGGUUUGGGUCCGGGUGA